UGACUCCGCUCCUCCGGACACAGCGCCGCGUAAAAAUGCUGCUCUCAGUGCCGCCAAGGACAGGAAUCAACCAUUACAACGACUACACCGUCAAAAACACGAAGAAGCAGACAUAUGUGUCCUCCUCCAACCAUCAUAUGGCUCCUCCAAGCCCCAACAGCAACAACAAUAGCAACAACAACCCCAUCAGUAAUGGCAGUAGCAGCAAUGGGGGAGAGCAGCUCAGCAAAACCAACCUUUACAUCCGUGGCCUCCACCCAGGAACCACAGACCAAGAUCUGGUCAAACUCUGUCAACCGUAUGGGAAAAUUGUAUCCACCAAAGCUAUCUUGGACAAGACUACCAACAAAUGCAAAGGCUAUGGUUUUGUGGACUUUGACAGUCCAGCUUCAGCUCAGAAAGCAGUGACAGCACUGAAGGCAGGCGGUGUGCAGGCUCAGAUGGCCAAGCAACAGGAGCAGGACCCCACCAACUUGUACAUCUCCAACCUGCCACUGUCCAUGGAUGAGCUGGAGCUAGAGAACAUGCUGAAGCCCUUCAGUCAAGCCAUUUCCACUCGAAUUCUUCGCGACGCCAACGGCACCAGUCGAGGAGUCGGAUUUGCCAGGAUGGAGUCAACAGAGAAAUGUGAGGCCAUCAUUCAACAUUUCAAUGGGAAAUAUAUCAAAACUCCUCCUGGAGUUCCAGUGCCAUCUGAACCCUUGCUGUGUAAAUUUGCCGAUGGAGGCCAGAAGAAACGUCAGAGCCAAGGAAAAUAUCUGCAGAACGGCAGGCCGUGGACAAGAGAUGGGGAAUCUGGAGGAAUGACUCUGACUUAUGACCCCACCACAGCCUUACAGAAUGGGUUCUACUCCUCUCCCUAUAGCAUCGCCCCCAAUCGGAUGAUCGGGCCAGCCUCCCUUGCACCAUAUAUGCAUUCACCUGUGUCCACUUAUCAGGUACACAACCCAUCUUGGCUGCAUCACCAGUCAUACAUAAUGCCACCCACAGGAGCAGUUCUGACAUCAGGAAUGGACCACACCAUGUCCAUCCAGCCAACCUCAAUGAUAGGGCCCCUGACUCAGCAGCUCAGUCACCUUUCCAUGGGCAGCAGUGGCACAUAUAUGCCUGCAAACACAUCUAUGCAGGGGACUUACAUACCCCCAUACACCCAAGUGCCUGCAACCAACAUCUCAGUGGAGGAAAGUGCCGUCCAACAACCCGUUGCCAUAGAGACACCCACAGAACACACAAGCUACUCCUACCAGCAUAACAAGUGAAGAGAUCUUACUGUGGAGCCUGGAGUGUAUCUUAAGGGGCCCAAGUGCUGAAACGCAGCACUGUGACUCUGCACGUAAGGCAUCAGACACUUUUGGGGAGGGAUGGACUGUUCAACAUAAAGAAAGAUAUUUUCUAUAAACUCAUAUUUUAAGGCAAAUCUUUCUCCAAACAAGCAAAGCUGGAGGAUAGUGGGGAAACCAGUAAGAACAGCGCAAGGAGCAUCUAUUUUGGUAAUAGUCAUGAAAAAAAAAUCACACACACUACACAUUUAAAGGGUUUUUGAAAUGUCAUUCAUAUGCUUUUCUAGUACUACUCUGGGGAGCUAGAAUGAAACCAGGAAAAAAAACAUCUCAACUACAUGUUUUUUAAGUCAUGUUUUGUUUUGACUUUUGUAAAAUAUGCUGAUUUUACUUUUCUGUUUUGUGUCUUUUCACUCCUUUUUUGUACAUGAUAUUUGGUUUUGAUGUGUUCCUAUCUUCUUGUGUCCUAAUUUGAUUGACUGGUGCAAAUAUUUGGAAAGACUGAAGUCCUUCAAAAAGCUGAUGACUCACAUUGUAGACAGAUAUAGAUGAACACAGAUUCUCUCAGAAUGGUGACGAGUUUAUCAGGUAUGAAACCUUACCUGAGGUUCUCUCACUUCUUUUUAGCACUUGACUCUCACAUAAGUUAUAGUUCAUAUAGUCUUGACAAAGCUUCAGACAAUCAAAACAAUUUAAAAAGAUAAGAAACAUCCUAUGUGACAGAUUUAACAGAAAGGACUUCUUUAAAAGAAAUAAGAUUUAAAGCAUUCCAGAUACAGUGGCAUGCAAAAGUUUGCCUGACUGUGAGUGGCUAGCCUAGCAUCGCAUAAAUUUUACCUGAUUUUCAAAAAGUAUGAAGUUAUUGAGACAUUUCUUACACAUCCUUUUAAGCUUAUGAAUCAGAACAGCAAAAAGAACCAGUGCUUAACACCUCUGUCCCAUUAGCAAGUGUCAUAGAUUGUAAAUGCUGUAUGUAGUAGCCAAAUUUCAGUGCUUGGAACAUAAUUAUCUAUUGUUCCUACAAAGGGCUUUCUGGUUCUGUUUUAUCUGAUUAUCUUGUUUUAUUGGGAUUUUUUUUUACUUUUUUUUUAUACCAAAUCUUUAGCACACACCUCUUGAGGUAGUUUGUGAGCUUUUUAACACACAUUAUAAUGAUAGCUUCCAGUAUGUGCUGGUAUUUGUCCUCUCAUGUCACUGGCUACAACACAAACCCAAAGUUGUUUUUCUCCAAACCUGACUGUGAUCAUUGCAGCCAAAGACAUCUAUCUUAACUUCAGCAGUCCAAAAGACCCUUUUUUCAUAUACAUUACAUAAAUGCUAAUGUGAAAACAAGAUGUUGAAUUAUUUGUUGGGGAUACAGUUUUAAAUUUGUUUUGACCAACAUUUCUAGAAAUGUUUGAUAUUUAAUUUCUUAACCAUCUCACUGGGCAUUCAUUAUUUAAAUGUAUAAAGGGCCAGGUAGUAUUAGUCAACUCAAUGGCUACUAGAGUGUUGGGUCGAGAUUUGAUAAGUCCUAGUCUUUAUGAAGCUUUGAAACUUGCAUUAUCUACCCCAGAGAUCUCAAACUCAAGUCCUCAAAGGCCACUGUCUUAUAGGUUUUAGAUCCUUUCCUGCUCCAACACACCUAAUAUUAAAGAAAUUGAUCCAUCAUGUUGUCAAGUUCUACACAAUGUCCCAUUAAUUUACAUUAGGUUUGUUCAAGCAGGAAAAAAUAUGUAAAACCUACAGAAGAGUGACCUUUGAGGACCAGUUUGAGAUCCCUGAUCUACUCCUGUGCUGAUGACAGCAGUAAAUAAGUCAUAACCCUAUCAUACCAUUGGUAAAAACUCUUUUUUUUUUUUUUCUGAUGGUUAUUCCGUAAUAUUUCUCUCAAAUGCAACACUUUAAAAAUAAUACCCUAAAAUUGCUUCAGAUGUAGAAGUGUUUCAUCAUUAACUAUGCUUUUUGGAUUUCAGUCCAUCUUCUGCCCACUUAAUUAAUCACAGUAACAGGAAUUUUACAUGCCACUGUAAUGUUAGCAGAGUUCAUCAAAUAUUUGACUCUGAGCUGCACCACACAGUAAAAAUCCAAAGUUACUUAACAGGGAUCAAAACACAUAGAGCUGCCUGUAAAUAAGACAUAUACAUGCAUUUUUGGCCUCCUUUGAUUUCCUUUUUACCCAUGAAGUAAUACGAUAGUUAUUUUAAUAACUACAUUUUACCAGAAGGUCUAAACUUUUCAAGUAGUGUGUUGCUGUGGUAUUUGUUUUCCAAUAUACCUUUAACAAGAGCUGGAGCUUGUUUCCAUUAAAUCCCACAAAAUGUCAUUUGUGAAGCAAGAACUAGAUGUUGUUAUUAAAGUAUAAAGAUCUUAUUACCCAGGUGACAGCCAUGAUCAGGGGCCGUAACACCCAGGCAUGGAGAUCAACUCAUAAAGCAUUACUCUGUUUUGUUUAAACAUCUAAAAACACCAUUAAGGUUGAUUAUGAUGGCCAGAAAAAAGACACUUUAAUAUUGGCCAUUGGUGUUUGUCUGCAUCUACUUUUGCAUUUUUGGUUUUCAGAUUUAUUUUUUAAAACGUUUAUUUAAAGUUUCUUUUUUGAAAAAAAUUGUUUUAAUGCUUUUAAGAUUGAUCCUAUUUUUCAAAGAGGCUCUGAUUUUAUUUUUGAUAGCGUGUUGUGUGCUGCAAAUUGUGAGAAAUAGUUGAUAGGAUUUUUAGUUGUUUUGUUUUUUUUUAUUGUGAUUAUUUGUAUGUUUGCAUCCUUACUUUGUUAUGGUUUCAGUUCUGUUGUCAAAGAGGCUUUAAUAUUUUUUCAAACAUUUCAAUUCAAUCUGUGUCACAAACACGUUGGCACUUUAAAAACAUGACUCCAGAUCAUGGAUGGAAUAUGUAUGUAAGGUUCAGAUGCAUUGUUACAGAGUUUUUAACCCCAACGUGUUGGGAUCAAUGUUUGAGAAAAAAAAAAAAAAAUGUGCUCAAAACCUUGACUUACCUCAUUCUGCCAGAGCAAUGUAGAUUCAGUUUGUGUAUAAAAUCCACAG